UUCAACUCGUGUUUUAUUUUUUUGACAUACUUAUUAGUACCUCUCUUGUGUGUUGUAAGAAUAUGGACCGUCAAAUCCCUGAGGGGACAAACAAACAUUUGCGCCGAAAAUCUAGGCGACCAUAGCAACGAAAUGGUAUUUUCACAAGCCGUUGCUGGUAACAACACAUUAUUAAGGCAACGCAGUUCGGUAAACAGGUACAUCUGAUACAUCGAACACUGUAUCCUCCGUAGUAGAGUGACGAGGAAAGGAAAGAUCUGAUAUGGCCUUACGAGUUGAAACAAAAAGCUUAACACAUAAGAAAAGUCCUGUUGUUUCUAUAAGUGAGAGCAAAGCACAACACAAAAGAAAAGUCAAGAGUAAACCAAUUGAUGGGAAAGAAGUUGUGUGUUUGAUUUCUCAUGACAUGAUUCGAGAACUACUUGUCCCGAGUGAGGAAUCUGAUCAGCAUCCAGCUGUGAUGAAGAAGAGUGAACUGGAAAAUCUGAAAACACAUUUGCAGAGGAAACAGCAUUUGGAGGACAAAGAGGAACUGCAGACAAAACUAAUGAAAGACAGUGAGAUUCGCAAGAAGAAACUCCAUAAGUGGGACGAAAAACGCAAACAGAAGCUCAAGCCAGAACUGGAAGGAGCUAGAAGAGAAUGAACUGAAGCUGGACCAUAUGAUGGAACAAGAACGUUUACGAGGAUUGAAAGAAGAAGAGCGUCAAAAAGAGAAGAAAGAUUGUCAAAAAUAUGAAUAUGUACAACAGAUUAUGAAGCAAAUGAAAGAUAAUGAAUCUGAAAGACUUAAAGAAGCAAAAUAUAUUGAACAGGAGAGUGAGAUGAUGAAUAAACUGAGAGUUCAAAUGCAAAUAGAAGAGCAAGAAGCUGCACGCAAAAAAGAAAAAGAACAAGAAAAAAUGAAAAAGGGACUCGAUGAAGUGAACAGACAAUUGCUGGAACUACAAGAGAAAAAACGACUUGAAAUCCAAGCACUAGAACUCAGGGUUCAGGAAUACUUAUGCCGAAAGGCGGCUCAACAUAGGUCUCGUCAACAAGAACAAGAGAAGUUAAGAUUGGCAAAAGAACAGGAACUGGCCCGUUUACGUUCUUUGCAAGAACGGCAACAAGACUUGCAAGAAAAAAUGGAAGAAAUAUAUGCACAGCGAGUACAAGAUGAGAUGGAACGUGAGUGGCGUCGAAGAGAGCUAGAGGCUGUCCGCAAGAAAGCUCAAACAGAUGAGGAGCUUAAGAAGGCACUUGCUGAGCAAGUCAAAGAGAGACAGCGCAUUCAAGCACUGGAGAUUGCAAGGGAAAAGCAGGAAUUUGAGAAAGUGCAGAAGAUACAGGAGCAGCUCGCAGAAAAGGAAAGACAGGAGCAACUGAAGAGAUUACAGGAUCUUGAGGCACACAGAAAAGCCAUACUGCAGCAGAUGAGAGAGAAAGAGAUACAACGUGUUCGGGAUAGAGAGAAAAUGUACCAAGAGGCUUUAGAACAGCAUAAAGAAAGAACACUUCAUGACGAAAAUGUGAAGAAUGUUAUGUGUAAAAAGAUACAUAAUCUAAGGCAUCAGAAAGUUCCAGAGCGCUAUAUUAAGGAGAUUGAACGGGCACUCAAACUUAAACCAUAAUCACCGCUAGUCCAAACUGGAUAUUGAGCAGUGAUGAAGGUCACUUAAUCGAUCUUCCACUAUUAAACUGCUACCAAAACCAGAGAACAAUGCAGUUUCUAUACAUCUUAUAGUAUUUGGUUUGUCCAUACGAAUAAUGAACAAGGGCCAAUAUUGUAGCUAAGAGAUGCACGUUUUCUAUCAAACAAUAGUUAUUACAAUGCACACAUUUUAUAACUUGAAUUGUUUGAUGUAGUAAUUAGUUUUUCAUAUAUGCUUAAGAAUUUGUCUAAGAUGUAUUUUUUCUAUUAUUUUGAUGAAGGGGUAUCAUGUGUGUGGAGCUAGUUCUUAAAUUUUAGGGGCAAUUGGAAACCCAGUGACGUUUAACCCCUUACUGCAUGUUUUUUUUUUCUGAAUAAAAUGUUACCUGUUAUGUUCGAUGUUCUGAUUUCAUAAAAAAUGCUUAGAAAAUUCUAAAUCUUAUGUAGGGGCGAUUAUUUUAGAAUUAAGGGUUUGUGACAUAUAUGGGACAGCAUGCAGUAAUGACUAAUACCAUGUGAUACCAGUUUUGGGAUUGAUGAUGCACAAUGUGGAAAAUACACAAUAAGAUUUGUACAUGGACUAGCAGAACUGUAUUAAUGUAAAACAAUUACACUUUUUAUUCAUUACAAUACACAUAUUUUGAGGAAAUAACACACACUCUGUUUCCAUUUUUCUCUAUUCAUUAUGAAACUUGAUGAAGCAAUUUCUCUCCUUAUUCAAGCACAAUGUUGUACUACAUA